AAAAAUCACACAGACACACACACACCAUAACUUCAUCAUCAACCUUUCUUUCUUUACGCAAUUAAACUUCAACUCCACUCUCUCUCUCCACCUUGAAUGUGGAUCAUUUCAUAGAAGGAAAAGCUCUCUGCUUUUGAGUUGCUUCCCUUCUCUCAAUUUGAAGAAACAGAGAGAGAGGGGCAGAGAGAGACACAGAAACAGAGUUCCUUGAUAAACAUUAGGCUAAUCUGACCCUUUAGUUCUCAAAAUUGGGUUUCUCUUAGUUUUCAAGAAUCCAGAGAGAAAAUCUUGAAUUUUCCCCCACAAGAUGUUUUGGUUUGGGUGUGACUGUUUUUACUGGAGCAGAGGAAUCUCUGAGUUUGACUCGGAACCGUCCGAGCCAAAGCCCUUCUCGCUUCCCUCUCCUCUUCCUUGCUGGCCACAAGGUCGAGGUUUUGCCAGUGGAAGAAUAAACCUAGGAGAGAUAGAAGUGGUUAAAAUCACCAAGUUCCAUAAACUCUGGAGCUCUGUUUCAUCCCAUGGAAAAUCAAAAGGUGUAGCAUUUUACAGAGCCGAGGAAGUUCCACAAGGUUUCCACUCCCUUGGUCACUAUUGCCAGCCAACAGAUAAGCCCUUGAGAGGCUAUGUACUUGCAGCAAGAGCUAGCAAACUCGCCAAUACCGAUGAUCUACCACCCCUGAAAGAGCCUGUGGGUUACACUUUAGUUUGGAGUGUGGAGUACUCAGAGAAAAAUAAUGGUGGUUACUUCUGGCUACCUAAUCCUCCUGUUGGUUAUAAAGCAAUGGGAGUUAUUGUAACAGAUAAACAAGAGGAGCCUGAAACGGAGGAGGUUAGAUGUGUAAGAGAGGAUCUCACCGAGAGUUGUGAAACCUUUGAGAAGAUACUUGAUGUAGGCUCUUCUUUUAGUGUAUGGACCAUCCAACCUUGCGAGAGAGGGAUGAGGUCACAAGGUGUAUCCGUUGGCACAUUCUUCUGCUGCACUUAUGAUCUAUCUUCUUCUCAGACGGUCCGUGAUAUCGCAUGCUUAAAGAAUCUUGAUCCAACCUUACACGCAAUGCCAAAUCUCAACCAAGUCCAUGCUCUUAUCAAACACUACGGACCAACAGUCUACUUCCACCCUGAAGAGAGGUACAUGCCAUCAUCAGUACAAUGGUUCUUUAAAAACGGAGCUCUACUAUACCGUUCAGGGAAGAAGUCACAAGGCGAACCUAUCAACUCUUCAGGCUCAAACUUACCUGCUGGUGGAUGCAAUGAUCUGGAGUUCUGGAUUGAUCUCCCUGAAGACGAAGAAGCAAAGAGUAAUCUCAAGAAAGGAAACUUGGAAACCUCUGAGCUCUACGUUCAUGGAAAGCCAGCACUCGGUGGAACGUUCACUGAUAUAGUGAUGUGGAUCUUCUGCCCAUUUAAUGGCCCGGCUACGCUCAAGAUCGGUCCCUUCACUUUACCUAUGAACAGAAUAGGAGAACAUGUUGGUGACUGGGAGCAUUUCACUUUCCGUGUGUGUAACUUCUCUGGUGAGCUUUGGCAGAUGUUCUUCUCUCAGCAUAGUGGUGGAGGUUGGUUUGAUGCAUCUGAGAUUGAGUUUGUUAAAGAUAACAAACCGGCGGUUUACUCAUCUAAACAUGGACACGCUAGCUUCCCUCACCCUGGAAUGUAUCUACAAGGAUCGUCCAAGUUUGGGAUUGGAGUGAGAAACGAUGUUGAGAAGAGUAAGUACUUUGUGGAUUCUAGCCAGAGGUAUGUGAUUGUAGCGGCUGAGUAUUUAGGGAAAGGAGGUGUGGCUGAGCCGUGUUGGUUGCAGUAUAUGAGAGAAUGGGGACCAGUGAUAGAGUAUGAUUCAGGGUCUGAGAUUAAUAAGAUAAUGGAUCUUCUUCCUUUGGUUGUUAGGUUCUCGAUUGAGAACAUUGUGGAUUUGUUUCCUAUUGCUCUGUAUGGAGAAGAAGGUCCCACGGGGCCAAAGGAGAAGGAUAACUGGGAAGGAGAUGAGCUGUGUUGAAAGAAGAGAAGGAUGAAGUCUCUUUGCUAUUUGAAGCUUUGCUAAGUAUACCAGUUUUAGGGUGUAAUUGUGGUGGUUUGUAAUAUGAUGAUGUUAAAAGUCUCCCCAAAAAAAUGUAUCACUACUUUGUUUCUAUACAAACUUCAUAUACAUGAAUGGCAGGUUGCUAGAUUCUACCAUUUGAAACAUGUGUAAUGUAAGUGACCA